AUGUCAGAUAUUGAAUAUUUAGGUCCACCCGGAUUUGGGGAUCCUUCUUCUUCUAAUACACCUACAUCUUCAUCAUCACCAUCAGUUUCAUUAAGUCAAAGACGAACAUCUAAUUUCUUUCCAACCAAUAAUAAAACCUCGGAUGAGUAUUCGGAAAUGUUAUUUACGAAACAUCAACUUAAUUCUCCAAUCAUUAACGUCCUUCCAAAUAAUAAUAAUCAUAAUAAUCAUCAUCAUAGACGUUCAACUGCUUCUUCUACUACUUCUGUACAUACCAAUAAUAAUAAUAGUGGUAAUGGAAAUGGAAAUGGUUCAUCUAAAUUCUUUAGUGGUCCAUCAACAUCAUCAUCGUCAAUCAGUAUUGAUCCCAUGACUCCAUUCACAUCAUUAAAUGCUUCGUUGAAUACCACUCCAACCAUUGAUAAUAACAUGCCCUUGAAUCAUAGUAAUACUAGACUCACCCAAUCGUCAAUUGCUGUAUUUGGUGGUAUUGAUUUUGUAUCAUCGCCACCUCCCGUCAAUUUUAAUCAAUCACAAUCACAGUUUUAUUAUCAACAGACACCAACAACCACUACGACUACUACACGUCCUAGUUUUUCUAAUUCUAUAUCUUCACCUCAACAACAACAACCACCACCACCAAAAGCAUCAAGUACGUCGGCGUUAGGUGCGGCGUUACCAUCAAGUAAUAAUUCAGGAACUGCCACUACUACUACCACCACUACUAGAAGUACCAAUAGUACACCAAUUGCUAAUCCGUGGUCUAUAUGGAAUGAAUCCCCUAUAGGUGUUUCUGGAAAUGGCAAUGGAUCUAAACAAAGUCCAAGUAAUGGAAAUACACCGGUCUUAUUUGAUCAUUCUUCAUCUACUACGCCUAAACUUUCAAGUCUUCGUGAUUUUAUUAAUAGUGAUCUUAUGUUCCAAGAUGUGAUUGAAGAUGAUGAUGAUAUGGAUGAUAUUGGACCUGGACUGAAGUAUCGUAAUGAUUUAUUAUUCUCACCAUUUUUAAGUGGUGGGGGUGAUCAAUCUCAACAAUUUAAUCCAAUUCAUCAUCCUCUACAGCCACCACCUCAACCACAGUAUGUUGAUUUUCAAUAUCAAAGUAAUACCAGUCAUAGUAAUAAUAAUAAUAAUAGUAAUAAUUAUCAAGGUUCAAAUAGGACUAAUUCAAUGUCAUCAUCAGGAACAAUCAAACCCAAACGAGAAAAUAUCUAUGUGAAUAAAACCAAUAUUCCUCAAUUCAUCCCCUCAUCAUUCUCACCUCCAGUACCGAUAGCGACGAUGCCAACCCAUGCUAUUCCGAUUGAAAUAACUCAAUCAGAACGGAAUUUAGAAGAUAUGAGACAAUUAAUAAGUAAACCUCGAAGUAACUUCGGUGGAAUGGAUGAAGAAGUGUUAAGUGAUUCAUAUUUGGAAAGUAAUGAUGAGAAUCAAUUACAACUUAAAUUGGAAAAUCUUAUUAAACGUGAAGAAGAUAUGUUUAGAAACAGUAAUAAUAAUAGUACCAAUAAUAAUAGUAGUAAUAUUUAUCAAAGGAAAAGUAUUAAUGAUGGUCGGAUACCAAUCAAUGAUAAUCAAGCUAGUCACUCCACCACCGCUAAUAAUAAUAAUCCAGGAAGUAUUAAUCGAAACACAGUGACAUUGAAUUUACCAAGACAUUAUCAAUCGACUGAAUAUGAUAAUGAGGAAGAGUAUGAUAAUUCUUCAUUUGAUGAUAAAUUAUUCAUUAAUGAUAUUUUAAUGUCUAAAGUAUCUAAUAAAUAUGCCGAGGAUUAUGCAUCAACAUUUUAUAAACGGAAUUCUCAUGGAUAUAUGUUUAUUAAAGAACCUACCACCACAUUAAAAGUGAAUUCAACAGGGAAUAAAUCAUGGGUUCAAUUAAAGAUCAAAUUACCUCCUUUAACCACGAAUGAGAAUUUAAUUCAACCCUUGGAUACUUCAUUGGUGGCUAAGAAAUUAAAAGUUGAUAUCAAGCAAUUACCGUUAUGGAGACCUAUAAAUCUUAAUUCAUCUUCAGCAUCAUCAUCAUCAUCUAAUUAUGAUGGUGGGUCAGGAUCUUCUUCAUCGUCGUAUAGUUAUCAUCAAGGAGGAAAUAAACGUAUGGAUAAUGGCAAUGGCAAUGGGAAUGGGAAUGGAGGAGGUGGUAGUUAUGUUUCAAGUAAGAAACAUGACUUUAGAAAACCCAAGAACUUGAAUGUUUCGAAAAGGUUUGGGAAGAGAAAUUCAGAAUAG